UCUCAAUGUUUCAAAGCAAACAUUUCAAAGUUAAAAAUUUGGUGUUGUCUUUCUGUAAGAAAUUUGCAGGUGUUUUCAUCUCAGCCUGCCAUAUUGAGGUACAAUGAUGGUAAUACACUUCUGUUGAAUUACACAGGAAAACCAUGAAGAACCGCUACAUGGAACUGUAUGACCUCAAUAAAGACUUGCUAAAUGGAUACAAAAUUCGCUGUAACAACCACACGGAGCUCCUGGGGAACCUCAAAGCAGUAAAUCAGGCCAUUCAAAGAGCUGGUCGUCUGCGGGUUGGAAAACCAAAGAACCAGGUGAUCACUGCUUGUCGGGAUGCGAUUCGAAGCAACAACAUCAACACACUGUUCAGAAUCAUGCGGGUGGGAACAGCUUCUUCUUAGGAAAGGAAAAAAUAGGUAAUGAAAUCCCUAAAAAGCGUUCUUCCCUAAAAAUCGAGGCUAGUUUGCUUGAACCACAUCCUGGUGAAGCCAGGUGCUAAGAGUGGCGGUAGCCUUGGUGAAUGGUACAAAUGCAGACAACCAUCGCAUCCCUUUCUGUGUUUAGAAUCAGUUGCCCUGUUACCGAGUAAUACCAGGUUCCUGUAGAGGAGGGGAAUACUUUUAAAAUGUUAGGGCUUCAAAGUCCAGGUUUUUUUUGUAUGUAUGUAAAAUUGGUAUAUAGAUGUAUAGAUACAUCUUCUUCCUUGAAAUUGUAAUUGAAUUUGUAAUUAAAAAGUUUUUCAUUAAAACUUAGGAAUUGCA